AAAAGAAAUUUAAGACACUUCUCUAUCACUCUUCUCCCUCUCUCGUGAAAGCGAAACGAAUUAACUCUGUGCUCUUCCCUUCCCUUCCCUUCCCUCAAUCUAUUUAGCAUUCUCGCCUGCCUCGAGUGUGAUGACUCCCGCAGAGAUUUGAGGCCGGUGUGGCAAUGCCGGAGCUAGGGUUUCACGAUCAGAUUUCCGCCUUCCGGGCCCGGGAUGUAAGUCCGGACUCCGUCAUCUUCACCGCCGACUCCAACUUGAGCAUCUUCUCCUCUGCUUCCGCCAGCGUAGACCGAUGCUCCUUCGCAUCUGACUCCCAUGACCACGAGGAUCCUUGCUUGUCCGACACUUCUCAGCCGCAUUUGGCAGGGCAUGAACUCCACGAGGCUUCACGUUGUCCAGCUUCAUACCGAAAAAGCCACAAUGUUCACCUCAGUAAAAGAGACAUAGCAAGAGUUCAGAUAGCAGAAAACAGCGAGGUUGAGACAGAGGAUGACAGUAUAACUUUUGAUUCUGCAAGAAACUCAUUCUCUCAAGCUCUUAAAGAAUGUCAAGAUAGGAGAUCUAGAAAUCUAGCUCUACUCCACAAACCAGACAGACGAAGACAUGCUUCAUUAGAUCUGAACAGCUCUGUGGCAAAAGCUGCAAACUCCUCUUCGCCACGAUUUGGAGGUACGAAAAAGGCAUUCGUGACUACUCCCAGGGCUGGUGUAUUCCCUAGUCCAUAUACUCCCAAUUACCGCCAUUCGAGUGUUGGUAUUCAGAAAGGCUGGAGUUCAGAGCGGGUCCCAUUGCAUUCCAGUGCUAAUAGGAGGCAAUUGAACAAUGCAUUGCUGCCUUAUUAUGGUGGGAGAACCUUACCUUCCAAAUGGGAGGAUGCAGAGAGGUGGAUUUUUAGCCCAUUAGCUGGAGAUGCUGCAACAAGGACUUCAUUACAACAGCCACAAAGGCGUCCUAAAUCCAAGAGUGGACCCCUUGGACCCCCUGGGGCAGCAUACUGUUCUUCAUCAUUAUAUUCUCCAGCAAUGCCCUUGGCAAAAAGAGAAAACAACAUAAAUUUAGUAGCUAAUUCUCCCUUUUCCACCCGAGUGGGGCCAACAAAUGAUUUAUCUAUUCAUUGUGGAAGUCAUGGAGUUGGUGACAACUUUACUGCGUGCACAGAGCCAUGCAUGGCAAGGUCACUUAGCAUUAAUGGGUUCUCUGAACUGCUCAGCUUGUCCUCCUUGCCAGCUGUCCAAGAUGAGGGAAACAAUGACAAUGAAUUUAACGAUGAUGCGGCCAGCAACACAUCUGGUGAUGUCUUAAGGAGGGAUAUGGUAACUCAGAUGAGCCCAGACCAGCCAGACACUAGUCCACAGUCAUCUUUCUCUCCUCCACUACUGCCAAUUGUGGAGGUGCCCCGCGUCCAUUCUUUUAAAGCGGAGGUCCGCGAUGUUCCUAUUGAUGAGAGGGUUACUGUAACAAGGUGGUCAAAGAAACAAAGAGCUCGAAUCCCUAGCAAGAGCCAGGGAGGUGCUGAUGAGUGGAGAAGGAAAGCUGUUGAGGUACAGUCAGAAGUUUCGGAAACAGAAAAUUCUACUUCAAAGAUUAAGCGGGAAGAAAACAAAAUAACUGCUUGGGAGAACCUUCAAAAGGCCAAAGCCGAGGCAGCAAUUCGAAACCUUGAGAUGAAACUGGAGAAAAAGAGAUCAUCCUCAAUGGAUAAAAUAAUGAACAAAUUGAGAUCUGCACAGAAGAAGGCACAAGAAAUGAGAAGCUCGAUGUCGGGCAGCCAGGGCUGUGAAUCUCAAAUAAACACCCAGAGAGCGUUAUCCUUUCGCAGGACUCGCCAAGUCAGGUCAUUCAGUGGCUGCUUUACGUGCCAUGCAUUUUAGCUAUGGGGCGCCCUUUGCCUGGUUCCUAAUUGAAGCCUCCAUUGUUCAAUAUCUUUAGGUCAGUCUGUUUCUAUAACUUGCGCUCUGUAUUCAUUCAUUGAGGGUGGGGGAAUUCAGUUGUGUUCAAGAAUGAUAUCUAACCAUUUCGGCCACGAACGCUCAUGUAUUUGAUAGUUCUCAAAUGUUGGUUGAAGUUCUUCGUAU